AUGGAUCCACGCUUGCUCGAGAGCAGCACGGAGGAGCUAAAUGCCGAGCUGGCACGGCUCGAGACGCAGAGGAUCGAGCUCAAAUCAGCCCUCAGGGAGAUCAAGUUCAAGAUGGGCGAUAUACGUCGUCUCGUCGGCGCACGCAAUGCUGCCCAGCACAUGGAAGACUUCCAUCUCCAGACCACCAUACAAGAGCUGCGACACGAAGAGGAGACGAUCUCGGCAGAGCAGCGGGCCUUCCCGGCCGCCGGGCUGCGCCUGCCCUACGAAGUGAUCCUGGAGAUCUUCAGCUUCCUACGCGCCGCCGACCUUCUCAAGGCGUCAACGGUCAGUCGUGCGUGGCACACGAUCACCAACGAUAACCUCUUGUGGAAGCACAUCGUCACCAAGAAGUGGGAAAAGUACUCCAAAAAGAUUUUGAACGAUCGGACCAGCAUCCACGAGGACUCGUCAAACAGAGACUGGAAGAAAUACUUCCGCUGGUGCGAGUCGCAGAACCUGAGGUGGGCGAGCCAUCUGGACUAUCUUACCGACGUUGCGGAGUCCAAGCGACAAGCCACCCUGGGCCGCAAGUUUCUGGCCAGGGGCAACAACAAUGCCGCGCUCAAGGUCCUGCAGGCUGCCAACAGGCUGGUGCCCAGCGAGGAGAUCGAAUCCCUCAUCAAAUCGAUUCAAAGCGGCGACCCCAGUGUUGGCCAGCGGCUGCCCGAGUGGCAGUGCCAGCACUGUACGUACAUCAACAGCACCAGUGAAGGCAGCUGUGAUAUGUGCACCCUGCCCAGAUUCUCCUGA